AUGGGUCACGAAGAUGCUGUUUACCUGGCCAAGCUCGCCGAGCAGGCUGAGCGAUAUGAGGAGAUGGUUGAGAACAUGAAGAUCGUCGCCUCCGAGGACCGCGACCUGACCGUCGAGGAGCGCAACCUUCUCUCCGUCGCCUACAAGAACGUCAUUGGUGCUCGCCGCGCCUCUUGGAGAAUAGUUACUUCUAUCGAGCAGAAGGAGGAGUCUAAGGGCAACUCUUCCCAGGUCACCCUUAUCAAGGAGUACCGCCAGAAGAUCGAGAACGAGCUUGCCAAGAUCUGCGACGACAUCCUCGACGUUCUUGACAAGCACCUGAUCCCCUCUGCCAAGUCUGGCGAGUCCAAGGUCUUCUACCACAAGAUGAAGGGUGACUACCACCGUUACCUCGCUGAGUUCGCCAUUGGCGACCGCCGCAAGGACUCUGCAGACAAGUCCCUCGAGGCUUACAAGGCUGCCACCGAGGUUGCCCAGACCGAGCUGCCUCCUACCCACCCCAUCCGCCUGGGUCUUGCCCUCAACUUCUCCGUCUUCUACUACGAGAUUCUCAACGCCCCCGACCAGGCUUGCCACCUCGCCAAGCAGGCCUUCGAUGAUGCUAUUGCUGAGCUCGACACCCUCAGCGAGGAGAGCUACAAGGACUCCACUCUCAUCAUGCAGCUGCUCCGUGACAACCUCACCCUCUGGACCUCUUCCGAGGCCGAGACCUCCGGCCAGGCUGAGGCCCCUGCUAAGGAAGAGACCCCUGCUGAGGCCGCUGCUCCUGCCGAAGAACCCAAGGCUGAGUAA